UGUUUCAUUUUGCAACUAAACUGAUGUGGGUUUCUUUCAAGGUUUCUCUUCUUGGAAAUUACCUGCGGGGAAUGACGCGGUAAUUGAUGGAUUUCAUUUCCUUGUUUUUUUUUGGGAAAUAAAGAUGAUGUUUUACGCGGGUGAGACAGAAGCAGAAGCUAGCAUUCAAGUUAGGUUAAUUUCUUGAAUACUUUUGCAAGGAUCCAUGGCUAACCGUUCUGAUAAUGAUGUCUACGCGGCGAAACCACAAGGUUACAAGCUAAGAUUCUUAACUACCGAAGUUGCUUCUCCGGUGUUCACUGGGAAGAAAGACAGGAAGGGAAUUGUAGCAAGUGAUGGCGGAUAUAUACAAGUUGAAUUGAUUGAUAAUGAAACCGAUGAACCAGUCAUCGAUGGGCCUUUAGCGUCGAAACAAGUGAAGAUGGUACUUCUUCCUGCAAAUUUUGGCGAUGUUUGGACGUCUUCAGAAUUCAAGAAUAGUAUCCAAAACCAUUUGGGAAAGAAGAAAAACAUUCUUCUAGGUGAUGAUCUUUCUAUAGAUCUUAAAUAUGGGAGAGGAACUAUUAGGAAAAUUUGGAUUAAGCAUGACAAAAAUCAUCUCCGUAAGGUCAAGUUUCGACUAGGAGCCAUGAUGGAAGAUUGUUUCUGCGAGAUCAAAGAGGCGGUAACGGAACCAUUUGAAGUUAAGGACCGCCGCAAUGAAUUAAUUAGUAAGAAGCGACAACUUACAAUAGACGAUAAGGUGUCACAAUUGAAAAAUGUUGGAAGAAGAGGUCCGUGUUGUAAGAGACUCGUAAAUGAAAACAUCAAGACUGUGAAAGAUUUUCUCGACAGGCUCUCUUCGGACCCUCUAGCUCUCCAGAUGAUAUAUGGUAGUAGUGGAAAAAGAUGGGAACAAACUAUUUGCCAUGCAAAAUCGGCCAUCUCAGCUAAAACGUGUAAUGCCUGUGAAUCAUCAGUUGGAUCUGCCUCCCACAUGGCACCAAUUUUGGUCAAUCAUGAUGGUGUGACCGAACUUGCUGAAGUCAGAUCAUAUGAGCCGAUUAGUCCGUCAUCUAAUGAAAUAACGACAUUUGACCAACCAUUUGAUGCCUUUAGUUUUAUUGAACAAUAUAAUUAUGAUGAUGAAAUCCUGUAUGUGGAUCCAUUUUUUUGGGCGGACUUAUAGCUAGAAUCAUUUUAAGACUACUAUAUAUGGAGAAAGAUGCAUCAUAUAUAGUGUUAUAUGGCUUAGAAUUGAAACAGUGGCAAACCAUCCAUAAGGCUGGAGGGGUCAUGGUCCUCCAAAAUAUUGGAUUGUAAUUAGCAAUUAUUUAAUAUUUGAGGAUAAAAAAACAAACUUAUAUGUAUUUAACCCUGCAAGAAAAUUGGGAAAGAAAAUAUAUUUGUAGAAGCACAUUUAAGCCAUUUUUUUUUA